AACUUUGUUGGGUUUUUCCCAUUUUGAUACUUUCUUCUACAAGUGUAUUGUUGGUUACAAAAAUCUGACCUUUAUUUUGAGUAGCGAGUGAAGUAAAACACUUUGUGAUUUCACUUUUUUUGCUUUGGGGUUGUGGGGUUUGAACUUUUGGUCACUGUAAAUUCUCUUGUUGGGGACUUGCGUCUUAGGGAAAAGGUAAUAUUUGAAAAUAUUUGGGGUUUCAAAGCGUUUCUUGUUCUUGCUUAGCGCUGUGCUUCUUUUGCAAGCUUCAAUGUUGAGGAUUUAUGGGUUUAAUGGAAGUUUCGAAGUGAAUUUCUCUUCUUUAUUGCCGUUUUCAAAGGUUUAAGUGCUUCUGCUCAUGUAUCAAUUGCAUCUAAAGAAGUUUUUUCAGUUGAUUUUCUUGUUUUAAGGUGAGAUCUUCAGGGUCUUUAGUUCAUCAGUUGCUUAAAUUAUGUUCAAAGAGUCUGGAUUUUACUGCUGGACAUUUUGUGGCUCAAAUUACUGUUUCUACACUUGGCAUUUUGGCUUCAAGGUCUGACAUUUGUCCAACCAAUGCUGUUUACAUUUUCUGCAAUCAGAAUAUUGUUGUUUGGUUAAAGACUUGCUUAGCAUCUUGGUGUAAUUCUGGGAUCUAGAGGUUUAAUUUUUAGUUGAUUGCUAGAAAGUGUAAAAGAGAUGGAUUUUUUGAAAAUUAAGAGGUUUAGGAAAGUCCAGAAACCAGAUCCUGAGAAGGGUUUGGUGGAUAAUAAUGUGACACAACCAGAACUGAAAGAUGAUAAUGAUGAUGGUGACAUUGGUGUAAAUGGAUCAUCCAAACCUGAUCUUGCGGCAUCGGACGUCGAGGAUGACGAAGACGAUGAUUUUAUAACAAACGAGGUGAAGAGUAGAUUGAAAGAACUAAGAAGAAACAGUUUUAUGGUGUUGAUUCCCGAGGAGGAGGAAGAGGAGUUGUACCCCGAGGAUGACGAAGCCGAGGCCGGUGAGACCAGCUCGAGUGAAUGGAGGGAUGUGGAAGCAGAAGGCAGAGAGUGGUGGGGUGGAUUUGAUGCUGUUUAUGAGAAGUAUUGUGAGCGAAUGCUGUUCUUUGAUAGGAUAAUUGCACAAGAGGUCAAGAAUGCUGGCUCUAUAAAUCCUUCACCAAAAUCGGCAUCUAAGAAACAUGCAUCACCUCUUAGUUGCCUUUCCUUGAAGAAGAUUGAGGAACCCGAUGAGGAAACCGAGCAACUGCAGCAGCCGACAAACGACCCAUAUCAUGACCUUGAGGUAGCAUAUGUGGCUCAAAUUUGCUUAACUUGGGAGGCAUUUCAUUGCCAAUACACACAACUUAGCCAGUUAGUUUUGUGCCAACCCGAUAAUCCCGCUUAUUACAACCACAGUGCUCAACUCCUUCAACAGUUCCAAGUCUUAUUACAAAGGUUCAUUGAAAAUGAGCCUUUUCAGGAUGGUCCUAGAGCUGAAAUAUAUGCCCGCGCUCGGCAUGUUUUGCCUAAGCUUCUUCAAAUCCCAAACAUACAAGGUAGGGAUCAGAAGGCUAAAGUGGAAGACGAAUCCGAUUAUUUGGUCAUCGCUCCUGAUAUCAUUAGGAUUAUCGAUAGCGUAAUCCUUACAUUCCAGCUGUUUGUAAAAAUUGACAAGAAAAAACAUACUCUGUUUGGAAAUCAGAAUCCGAUGGCUACCCCACUUCAACAAGUUAAAUCUUUAUUAGAAAAGAAAGCGAUGAAGCUGAAGGAACUGCGUAAAAAGAGAAAGGGGUGGAAAAAGAAAUCCUGGCCACCAACACCGGAAGAUGUUCCAUUGUUGUUUGCUCUCAUUGAUGUCAAUAUUAUAUCCCGGGUUCUCAGAAUGGAAAAGAUCAGUAAAGAGCAGUUGUUUUGGUGCGAAGAAAAGAUUAAAAAACUAGAUUUGUGUGACGGGAUGUUGCAGAGAGACCCGUCGCCCAUCCUUUUCCCAUGCUAAUUGCUGUUAUCAACAGAGUGGUUUAACGGACGGAUAGCUGCCGAAAGACCCCUCUCUUUAUCAUACAAAACUAGGGUUGUUACUAAUUUUCUCCUGGGAAUGCUGUUGACAACAUGAUGCAUUGCCAUUUCCCAGUUUUUGUUGAUUAAACUAGUUGUGAUUUAAGGAUGUGUGGUUGUCCUCCUAACCGAAAUUUUCGAAAAGUAGAGUGGCCUUGCUGCAAUAUUUUCCCAGGUAUUUGUAGUUGUCCAUUAAGCAAGUGUUGUGUUUAAGUUGUAUUUAAGACAUUUGAACUUCAUCAACCUUUUGAUGUCUCAGAA